AUGACGCGCGGUCUCCAGGCCGUCGGCGGGAGGGCGGCAGGAGGAAACGUCGCUGGUAGUUGCAGGAGGGAAUGCAGUCGGCCUGCACGUGGUGGGUCGGGGUUCCCGAGGCCACACGCGGGUCCUCUCGCAUUCAUCCCACGACAUAGAGGCAGAGGUGUCUUGAACCGCGAGCGAGGCUCAUUGUUAGGGGCGGAUUCUUGUCCGGAACGUCUGGGCCUGAGAAGGCUCCGCGUCUCGCGCGCACCGGGAUCCGGAGGCCCUUCGUCGCCCGACGACGAGGUGUUCAUGCAGCACGCAUUGCAGCUAGCGCGCGAGGCCGGCAGGAACCGCGAGAUUCCUGUGGGCGCGGUCGUCGUGGACGAAGACGGCCGCGUCGUCGGGGACGGCCGCAACGCCACCGAGGAGCUGCUCGACCCGUCUGCGCACGCGGAGCUCGUCGCAAUCCGCGCCGCCGCGCGAACGCUCGGGUCCUGGCAGCUCCUGGCCAGGUGCACGCUCUACGUCACGCUGGAGCCCUGUCCGAUGUGCGCCGGCGGCAUUCUGCAAUCCAGGCUGCGUCGUGUGGUGUACGGGGCGAAGAACCCGCUGCUCGGCGCGGACGGCAGCUGGGCGUCGCUGCUACGCGCGGGCGAGAGCGCAGCAGCUGGCAGCGCGGACGCCGGCCCGCGGGCGCCGCUGCGGCCGCACCCGUUCUGCCCCGACCUCGAGGUGCACGCGGGGGUGUUGGAGGGGGAGUGCGCGGAGGCGAUGAAGGAGUUCUUCCGCGAGCGGCGGAAGCGCGCCGCGUGGGAACCGGGCGCCGACGGCCGCGGGAAGUAA